CACUAACAUUCCAAUUCCACCACCAGCAAAACAACAAAGAUUCCAAGGCCUGCGGGCACAUAAAUAAUUAUAAAAAGGAAAAAAGGAGGCGUUUAAGGGCAUUUCUUCCCUGCAAUCAUCGAAAUUAAGUUAGAGCACUCAAACUUCGCAGCAGCACAAUGUCAGUGAGUGAUUUUAUCAAAGGCCUGCCGACCCAUGACUCAAAAAACUUCACUCACCUGAGCAAUGAGCACGGGAUCCGAACGUCGCAGAAGCGGGCUUCCGUGUACCUACCCACCGAAGAGGUGGCCUCUGAGCAGUUGAUCGUGAUGGAUAAGCGCUGCGUGCUGCUGCGCUAUCUCACACAGCAGUGGGACAAGAAGACGUUACAGCGAAAACGUGAGCACGGUGGCGACGGCACCAAUGGCAACAACAGCUCCACGCCAAUCGGUAACGGCAACAGCAAAAAGCGUCCGCGGUUGGACCCCAAUGAGUUGAACUGAACCAGUUGAAGGUCGUCCCCCACCCCCAUAGUACACACGCCCCCACAGGCACACGCACUAUUAGCACAAGCUACUCCCUCAUAUAUACAUACAUAUGUUUAAAUAAAAUUAUGAAUAAGUACA